AUGCCAUUCGCUUAUUCUCUAGAAAUGUUCAAGGAGCAGAGCAUCCGUCCUUCUCGAUCCUAUGCGAAUGCAGUCACUUAUUCCUCCCUGGAUAGCUCGACUCGAUUAUCAAGUCAUAUUAGACUAGCUCAAGAAUUGAUCGAUACCCUUUAUGAGUGGCUCGUACAAAUAUCAGAGAUCCAACCAAGACCGCCUGUUCUUUCUAUAUUUUUUUAUAACCAGGCUAUGCAAUCAGAUCUUCAAAAGUUGUUGCUUAAAGUUUUAACUGCCUCGACAUCGCAACAACAUCAAAGGCAAGAUCAUGAGUGGUCAUCUGUGACAAAGAAUCGUUCCAUGGAUCUUCUUUGCAAUCUGUACGAGGAUUCUAGUUUCUUGACACUGUCAGAGUUCACUGGGAAUGCCAAUAUCAAGUUGCCAGACCUGCUUCAAUUGACUCAAGGGUUUAAGAAUCAGAAUCUGAAAUAUGACAAACGGCUAUUUAUGAUUGAAAAGGCUGUACAGAAAUUAGUUGUGCUUCCAGUGCUUGGACCCUAUUCAUUUAAAGAUAUCAUGACAAAGUUGGUUGAUGUCAGAAUUCCGGCUCUCAUCAAUGAACGGGAUCGGGAUGAUGACGGUUACAACCUAAAUUCCAUUUUUGAACGUUGGACUAGCGGCGCAAAUGAGGAUGAUAUAAAAAAAAUACUUGGAAAGUGGACUGAGCAGCAAAAUCUUAUUCUUAUUGGACUAUAUGGUUUGCUCAGACACGAACUGAGUGAUUUUCAAUCACAAAUGAUGGCUCCACAGGCACCAUUCAAGAUGCGGAGUCAUUUUAACUUUCAGCAUCAUAUCCUGGCGCAGUUUGCGUUCUUUCAGCAAUGGGAAGCAAUCAUGGUUUGUGGAAAGAGACGUGCAACACGGGCAAGCUUGUCAAGAUUUGAGGCUAUGCAACGCCAGUUUUUAUUCCGUUGCAGGUUCCUUGGACGACAUGUCGGUCCAUUUCCUGGCGCAGAACAAGGAAAGGGUACACGUGUCACCAGAACACCCUCUGACAGUCCGUUUUCGGAAUACAUUGGGAAGUUUGAGAUUACUAGUCGGAUUGAUCCUGGCGCGUUAAUCGCUUCGACCUUCAAGAACUGGAUCCUGAGCCCUGAUUGUGACUCUGUAUGCUAUGUUACAAAGAUUGCUUUCGCUUUUAAUGUCAACUUGCCGGGCCUCAAAAAUCGAUUACGAUUUGACGACCUUUGUGCGUACCUACGCGCAUAUGGCAUGGGUUCGCCUUCUAUUGUAUCAAUUAAUCAUUACGAUACAAAUUCUGGCACUAUAUAUAUUGGUGGAACUUUCAAAAACAUGACUGAAAUCCUCGCAUUAACUGAAGGUGAGCACUACUUGCUGGAGCGUCGUGAGUUUAGUCCGACAUUAGCGGUCUCAAUGGACAAACUGGUGGAGAUGGAUGGAAACUGUCGGUUGUUUAUGGAACUUAUGGAUGAUCCGAAUAAGUGGGGCUUGCAACGCCCAGACCGAAGGGGAGACGUAUUUAUAGAAUCCAUUACGAAUGGUGCUCGACAAUACGAUAUGACGCUAUCACAGGAGCAGGCAUUCUCUAAAGUCAUUAAUAAUCGCCUGCAGAUCAUCUGGGGACCUCCUGGAUCAGGAAAAACGCAUUUUUUAGCGCUUACUGUCCUGAGAUUCAUUGACAUCUUGCGCAGCCUAGCCAGCAAGGGGAAAGGACAAGGACCGCAGACUAUUGUCUUGACAGCAUUUACACACAGUGCCAUCGACAACAUAGUAGAGCGUGUAGCCAAAUUGCAUAAUCAAAUCGCGCCCCAUGUGGGAUUUGAAGAUAUCGUUCGCCCUUUAAGCCUCUAUCGUCUCGGGGAUCCCUCAACUUUGGAUAUCGAGGGCGCUCGUGUGGUUGAACCACAGGAUCUUGUAAAGCUCCAAGCGCGGUCAGAAGAUAAUAGCAAUAAGGACAUCAUCCGUGUGGUCUGUGGUACAGUGUGGCAGGUGCGUCGAGCCGCCCACCCCAAGACUGGCGGCGACUAUAUGAGAAAUGUUCAAAUGGUGAUUAUUGAUGAGGGCAGUCAACUGUUAGCAGCAGACUCAAUCCAUGUGAUUGAAUGCCUUGAUCCGAAAUAUGGUCGAUUGAUUGUUGCAGGCGAUCAUUUACAGUUAGGGCCUGUGAUCGUCGGGGACUAUCCAGAGUCUGAGCGUGUACCCGAUCCCACGGGCUCAAUCAUGAAGAACCUAAUGCGUAAGACGAAUAAUACACCCGUAUCACUCCAGUGGGUCGAGGAUGCUAUGGUCAUGGAUAUCGGACCCUGCACCUCGCAACUUCAGGAAAACUUCCGCAUGAAUAAUCAAUUAGGCUCCUUUAUGAAGAGCAUCUAUGGCCCCAAUUAUCAUGUCCAGAACCCCAAAAGAACACUUCCUUACAGCAGUAGUUUCCGUGGUUUAUCAUAUCCUACCGAGAUCCGUUGUAUUCUUGAUCCUAAUCAUUCUGCUGUAUGUAUCGAGCUUCAGCUAGAGAAUGACCAUCAGUGUCCAGAAAUUAUCAAGGUGGCCAACGACAGUCGAGCUACCGCAGUUGUAGAGGCGACAUUCGUUACAGGCAUUAUAGAAUGUUACCUUGAGAUGGUUGGUCCAGAUACUGCUACCAGCCUUUUUGUCGCAGUCCCACAUCAUAUUCAGAGGUUGGCCAUUCUCCACCGAGUCAAGCUUCCAGCAUUGGAGGCUAAAUAUCCCCAUGCAAUGAUCAAAAUCGAUACGAUAGAAAAGAUGCAAGGACAAGAGGCUGAUUUAGUAGUUGUGUGUUUUGUAUUGUUUGAUGAUUUCACAUUGGUAAACGAACUGAGCUACCUCUAUUCGGUUCAUCGAUGGAUCGUAGCAUUAUCGAGAGCACGGUGCAAGACAGUAUUGUUGAUGACACCUCAGCUCAAGGCACCUAGGAUUAUGAAUGGCUCCGCCAAGGCCAAUCCAAAAGAUUUGGAAACUCUGGAUGGCUGGGGCCUUUUGCAGGCUUUUGAGAAGUACUCUAUUAGCUUAGGGGGCAAAUUGGUCUGGCCAAUUUCAAAGGAGUUUCUAAAAAAUAUUGAACUAUGA